AAGUCUGACUAUGUAACAAUCAUUUUGUUGCAUUAUAGUUUGGAAUUUUCUGAUUCAUGAAAUCUCUAGGUCUAGUUAUUCUGUGAUGGAGGAUGAUUGUGAUGACUGUUGUGCGUCCUGUUGCUGUAUGGGAUGUUCAGUACUGGGAUAUGCAAUUUGCUUUAAAAAGAUGCGUCGUUCUAUCCGAAUUCGAUUAUUUAUGAUUUAUUUAAACAUUUUAUGUUUGACAUUUGGUAUAAUUACUGGAGCUAUAUUUUUCGGACCAUAUACUACACAUUUUACGUCUACAGAUUUUCGCUCAAUAAAAGAUCGCCUUUCUUUCUUAUUUUGUGAAGGCGUGACUAUAACAAGUGUCGGUGAUCUUAGAUCCUCAUUUUCGGCCUAUAUCUUAGAUUCAGAACCAAUGAUAAAUGAGACAUUUCUACAGAGUUUUACCAGUGAAGUGACAAUGUAUGUACACCAGGAAGACUAUAAAUAUCAUUCAUUCUAUUUACUUCGUGGGUCCGUCAUCAAUGUAAGUGUGUGUGCGGAUAGUUUCAUACAAAUGACUAUAUUUAAAGGAAAGCACGAUCUCAAGGAAUACAUCGACAACAAUUUUGCGUGUGAUAGCUGUAUAAAAAAGACCAUUAAUGUAUACCAACGAAAGUGUUUACGGACGUCUGAUUUCGUAGAGGUUCUAUAUGAUGUUUCAGAAUCGGACGAUUAUUUCAUCUUUUACCUAAGCCCUCUAGAGGAUGCUUGGGUAACAGCAAAAUACCAUAUAAACCGGACAUUAUACGAUGUAUCUGCCGCACGAGAUGCGUAUUCCUCUGUUGUGCAGUGCCAAUUCAUCCUGGACUUAAAACCUCAAUAUAUUAUCGUUCACUUAGAUGACACGGGAUCAAUGGCACAGUAUAAUAUAAUGACUGAUUGUAAAGGUCGGACUUGGGUUUAUUUGUCAAUAUUUUUUGUUAUCCCAUAUCUUAUCGGUAUAUUUGUUUGCAUACUUAUAUAUAAUUGUUGUAAAGAUCCGGAUCCUUCGGAGCUGACAAGGGAAAUAUCACCUAGUAUUAACAGUCCUUUACUCUAUAAUUAUCCUAGUUAUCAGUCAACGGAAAUUAUUGGACCACCAAAAUAUGAGGACAUUACAAGGGACGAGGCCCCUCCACCUUAUUCGGAGGCGAUAGGACCGAUUAUUAACUAGAAUCGAAUAUAUUAUGUAAAUCCGUUAUUGAUAAAUAUAAGCGUCACAUAACUUAAAGCCGAGAACUAUUGUACUUAAAGUUAAACUUUGGAGAUAUAUAAACUCAUCAUUGAUACCAGGUUUCAGAUUUUAUAUUUUUGCCAGUUUUCACAUGAGGCUAUUUAUCUUUAUCUUAUAUAACAGCUUAGGAAGUACUAGUAUAUCAUCUGUAUAUAUUUUUGAUCAUGCAUAGAUGCACUGGAUUUCUUAAUUGAAUGUCUUUAAGAACAAUAGCUACACAAACCAGAUAACAGCAGACUUUAAUUUAAAGAUUGUUAUCAUAAUGAGAAAACGUUAAUCUUUCAUAUUUGAUAUCGAGUUAAUGCACAUUGCUUCAUUACAAAACCACCAGAAAUUACAUUUUUGAAAGCACAGAUUAUACUUUUAUUUAAAAAAAAAAUACUGAAACAUAAUUUAAGGUUCAUCUAUAUUUUCAGUUAUAAUUUUUAAAUUAUAUUUCUUACUUUUAA